AUUUAAUAUCAAGAUAUAAUAUACAUAAAAUAAAUCAAAACAAAAUGAUACCUAUGUCUGCAGUAACCUUCGGAUUCCGAAAACAAAGCUCGGACUUUCUAUUGCUCUUGAUUCCUCCAACCCGAACUCACAAAGCAGUUAAACCCAUCUUUUUUUUUUUUUCCAAAUAUGCUGCCUCACUCAGCCAGCAGAGCAGCCAUGCUGGUCAGGAUCAACACCCUCCUCCAGGGAUACUCUGGCAUUCGAUUGAAGUGAUUCGAUUUGCAACGAAAUCAAUUGAAAGGGAAAUUAAUUCCGUCAACGACAACCCUCUGAUCGAUGUCUCCAGAAACAAGGCACUGCACGGCGGUAACUUCCAGGGGACCCCGAUUGGAGUCUCCAUGGACAAUUCCCGUCUGGAAAUUGCAUCCAUAGGAAAAUUGAUGUUUGCCCAAUUCUCGGAGCUCGUGAAUGAUUUUUACAACAACGGGCUCCCGUUGACUCUGUCCAGUGGCCAGAAUCCGAGCUUGGAUUAUGGUUUUAAGGGUGCUGAAAUUGCUAUGGCGUCUUACUGUUCUGAGCUCCAGUUUUUGGCUAAUCCAGUCACCAACCACGUCCAGAGCGUCAAACAGCACAACCAAGAUGUGAAUUCCUUGGGGCUAAUCUCCGCCAAAAAAACAGCGGAGGCUGUCGAUAUCUUGAAGCUGAUGUCCUCCACCUUCCUGGUAGCACUCUGCCAAGCCAUUGAUUUGAGGCAUUUGGAAGCGAAUCUGAGGAACACUGUGAAGAACACCGUAAGCCAGGUAGCCAAGAAAGUCCUGACCACCGGUGUCAAUGGCGAACUCCACCCUUCAAGAUUUUGCGAGAAGGAUUUACUCAAAGUGGUGGAAAAAAAAAAAAAGAGAUGGGUUUAACUGCUGACCGUUUGGGACUUAACGGUCAGCAGUGUGGGCAACAUGGACGGUGUUAGGGGAGGGACAACAAUGAACAAAAAAAGCCAAGUAGAGGGACGACGUUUUGGCUCUUUGGAGAGUAGAGGGACGACAACGAACAUGACCUUAGUAGAGGGACAAGAACGAAUAAAAUAUUAAAGUAGAG